GGUUCUUUAAGGGUUCGGUGGAUAAUUAAGGGUUCUUAGCUUACGGAAAAAGGAGGGUUCUACAAAAAUAUAGUUGCGGCUCUUUCUAUUUAUUUGACAUGACAUUUACGGUAAUGUAAGGCGGACGUGUGGAGCUGUGCGGAUCCUUUGUUUAAUCCAAACGAAGACGUUGAUUUAGGAAUUGCGCAGGAUUAACACGUGACACGUGAGCUCCGCGGCGUGACGCAGGAACAGGCAGAAGCUUCUCAACGGCUUCACUGUGCGCUUUGGUGAUAUGAAAAUUCAGCAUUUGCAUGCAAAACCUUUGGGGUCUGGAAAGUCACGGCGCUCGCUUGUUUUUCCUGUUGGGCGGGUCAAACGUGGAGGUCAGGAAGUGUUAACGUGGCCUGUGCAGGAACUGAGGAUGUAUUGUAGUGACAGGGCACGAGGAUGAGUGUGUGUGUGUGUGUGUGUGUGUGUGUGUGUGGGAGGCCUGGAGUUUCUCAGUCCCUCAAAGAGCUUUUGUUUAUUUUAGUUGAGUGAACAGGUCUACUCCCUGUGUGACAUCAUGCCUUGUAAUUAAUUCUGAACGCGUUCCUGUUCGUCUUACAGACGAUAUAUAUUUAUAUCCAUUAUAUCUACGUAUUAUAUCAAACGUAUUAUACACAUAUGCACUGAAAUCCAGAGGUUCAGCAGAAGUCAGCUGUGCUAAACACAACACGAAGCAGGAAGUGGGUUUUCUUCCUCCGUGUCUCUUUAAGCGCAGGGGGAGGGGUGAAGGGGAGGAGUGUGACUCUGAGCGGGCUCGUGGGUUUUUUUUUUUUUAAACAGAAAUUCCUCUCUCAAGAGUUUGGCAUUUCCUCUGAGCUCACUCACUCACACACUCGCACACACUCAAGCGGCCGCUCUCUCGUUUCACACGGCGCUCGGCAAUACGAGAGAGGGGGAUUUUCAAACAUCCUGGACGAGUGGACUCGUGGUGCUCGGCAAAUAAAACAUCGGCGUGUAAACUUCGCCUCUGAGGUUAGAAGAACUUCUUUUCGAGAGUUUAGGACAGCGAGGAGAACUCGGGAUAAUCCUGAACAUCUGGAAGACUGACUCAGCAUGGGCUAAGCACCCCCAUCCCAUGCCUGCGAGAGCUCAGACGAACUGGACUGGAACAGGAGGAUGAGUGUGUACACGCUAAACCUCAGGGUUUUCUGGCUUCUGGUCACUUGCCUCCUCGGCGUCCUGCUGCUGCUUCAUCAAUUCCUCCCACGAGGAACCGACGAGCGGUCCGAUGGCUGCUCCGAUCAGGGAACCGGAUCCAUCCCGCUCAUCAAGUACGUCUUCGCCUUUGCACUGUGUUAUUUCUUCAUCAGGUACUGCUCGUCUCCGCCUGGGACUACUAAACGAAGCUUUCACGCGGUUGCUGGAAAACCCACGGGUCCUAAAAGGGAGUUGCUGGAGGAACACUUCGAGAGACAUGUACGCCUUUCUCCGCACGUUCUCGGCCACAGCAAGGCUCACGUGGCGAAGCUGGUGAGCGAGCUGGUGCGAGUCGGGCGGGCCGAUGUUCUCCCCGAGUCCUCUCUGGCUUUUCGCGGGGACUUUGUUCAGAUCGGGAGCUCGUACGAGGAGCACAAAGUGGGCUCGCCGGAUUGUUUUGACAUCCUGGUCCCGCUCAGGCUUCCCCGAGGGCUCAAAUUGGAGCCGUGCAGCCACGGUAACAGCCUCGGUGGUGCACCACUGGUCACUCUGGAGACGCCGCGUAAGGAGGAAUGGCCACGGCGCCACAAAGCCUUCACAGAUGCCUACUUGCGGUCAAACGGUUCACCGGGAAUGUACAGGCUGAGUCCGGACUCGGUGAUGCGCUGGUUUUACUGCGCGUCCCAGCGCUGCCUGUCUACCGUACGGUACCCAUUCGAUCAGCGCUGCUUACUCAGUCUUUCUCUCAGUGAGGGACAGCGCGUACAGCUUCACCUCACACCGCGAUCCGACUACGUCUGCUGUCACAUCUCCAUGGGCGUUCGGCUCAUCCCGGCACUUCCUCUGGGUGACUCCGCCUUCUUGGUCGCGUCCCCCGGAGCUCAGCGUUCGGAGGACCUUUGGACGGUUUACUUCCCGAAGCAGGAGCAGAAGCUCCUUGGAUGGUUGAAAACCAAACUCCCCGCCAGCUCCUGCCAUCUAAAGUGCCUUCAGCUGCUCAAGGAAGUGCGGGACCUCGGCGGGCAAACGUUAGACCAACAAGCAGGAGCUGAGUGGAAAGGAGUUCUGUCGUCCUAUGUUCUGAAAACCGCGUGGCUACGUCUCCUUCUCAGCACGCCGUUCGAGGCCUGGGAAGACCGCCACCUGAUGGACAGGAUGGAAGACCUGCUGCGUUUUCUAAGAGACGGGCUACAAACCAGGAGUCUCCGUCAUCUCCUUCUCGGCGGUGACAAAGGUCUUCUACCCGAAUCCGUCGCUUUGCCGAAGAUCGUUAAGGAAACCGUGCCGUCUAACAUGUGGGCCGAAUUCAGCGCCGAAUCUCUGGACCUGGUCAGUGCCCGGCUGUCCUACUCCUGGACUCAUCUGCCUCGUUUAAUCCGUCUCGGCCGUCCGCAAAGGACAACUCUGGGGCGAGGGGUUCGCUGUAAGCACGUUGACGCUGAAUAGAUGCUUUAUUUCCAGUCAGGGUCUCAGGUGUACACGUCUUAACAGUGAUCUGGAAUCUUCUAGCAUCAGGUGUGUUUUGUUAAAGCAAAGGAGUGAAAAGGAAAACAUGAGCAAGGGUUAUGUAUUUAUUUUAUUUGUAAAAAAAUUUCAAGCAGUAUUUUGAAAUGCAGUUUUUAUUCGUUGGAGAAAAAUACAAGUACUGUAUGGUCUGCUGGUACAAAUCCUUCUUAACGUACUGUAUCUCAGAGGUCAUCGAGGUCAAAAGGUUUAGAACAGAUCCAAGGGACACUUUCCUGCUUUACGUUUGUAUGUGUGUGUGUGUGUGUGUGUGUGUGUGUGUGUGUGUGUGUGUGUGUGUGCUCUCAACCAAAGACAUGUACAGCUGUGUUUUACAGGAGAUAUAAAUUUCGACAUGUGAAAGAGCUGGUUGAGUUUUGUGUUGACUCAGAGACAUCAUGUGAGUCGGGGACAGUCAGAACAGCUUUAACACCAAUAAGGGCACACACACACACACACACACACACACACACACACAGUGUUUAUAACUAACUAUUAGCAGUGUGUAAUGCAUCACCGUGUCAUGUUAUGAGUGAUAUAUUCUCUACCGUGUCUCAACACUAAACUGCAAAAACAUUCCCCUUAAGUCAUUAAUUAACACUGCUUGUGUGUGUGUGUGUGUGUGUGUGUGUGUGUGUGUGUGUAGUGCUGUUACAGUAAAAUGCCGGGUCGGGGUGGUGUGAUGAAGGAGAGUUACUGUCCUCACCCUGAAGUUAUUUAGAGUUAUUUUCCUAUAACAGCUUGUGUAAGUGUUUUAUUCCUCUUACACUACAGCAGUUGUUUACACUUUUUACGCAUUUAUAAUUACAUUAAAUGUUUUGAAAUCCAUGAAACGUGUUAGUUCCUGUUCUCACUCCAGUAUAGCAGCUAUAAACAGUAGUUCCCUCUUUCUUUCCUGCUUAAAGUGAUGACAGUUAAGAACUUGUUUCCAGGACGAUAAAUGUAACCAUAAAUGAUAUAAAGUACCACGUGUUGUUCUUUAAUGAACAGAGAAUUGUAAUUGUUGGUGAAUCGAUGGAGUGUAAGAGGAAUAAAACACUCAGGGACAUGCUGUUGUAGGAAAAUAAUCAACUUCCCCACCCCAUCUUUCUCUCUCUCUCUCUCACACACACACAUUUCUGAUCCCGAGAGAUAGAUAUACCUCUACGGCUUGUUGCCGUGGAGACGGGGAUUUCACGCCGGGGUCAGCAGGUGGGCAAGUCGCUCCGUCCCACUGCGACUCGUGAGUAAUAUUCUGAUUGCAUUUCUUCCCCCGUUUUUUCCCUUCUUUCACAAACAUGGCGGAUGAUUUGUGUUCUUUUUUUGUUUUGUUUUCCACCUCAUACAUGCCUGCACUCACGUAUAGAGGAAUCACACCUUUUCAGGACAUCUGAGUCACAUAAGCUGAAUCCCACACACACACACACACGUUGCUCAACUACUCAAGUGAAGUUUCAUGGUUUCACUUCACUUUACCUAAAAGCAGAACAGAAUCUGAAGUAAGGAACGGAGCUCAGCACAGUUUAGCAUGAAACAAGCAACAAUACAGACACGUCACGACUUUAUACAUAUCACACACGAGUGGGUGAGUGGGUGAGUGAGUGAGAGAGUGAGGGAGUGAGGGAGUAAGUGAGGGAGUGAGUGAAUGAGGGAGUUGAGUGAGUGAGUGAGAGAGCGAGAUAGUGAGUGAGAGAGUGAGUGAGUGAGAGAGGGAGAGAGAGAGUGAGUGAGAGAGUGAGUGAGUGAGAGAGGGAGAGAGAGAGUGAGAGAGUGAGUGAAUGAGGGAGUGAGAGAGUGAGUGAUUGAGAGAGUGAGUGAAUGAGGGAGUGAGAGAGUGAGAGAGUGAGUGAGAGAGUGAGAUAGUGAGUGAGUGAAUGAGUGAAUGAGUGAGUGAGGGAGUGAGUGAGUGAGAAAGUGAGAGAGUGAGGGAGUGAGAGAGUGAGUGAAUGAGUGAGUGAGGGAGUGAGAGAAUGAAUGAGUGAGUGAGUGAGUGAGAGAGAGAGUGAGGGAGAGAGUGAGUGAAUGAGUGAGUGAGAGAGAAGGCGUGAGGGAGUGAGGGAGUGAGAGAAUGAGUGAGGGAGUGAGAGAAUGAAUGAGUGAGUGAGUGAGGGAGUGAGAGAAUGAAUGAGUGAGUGAGGGAGGGAGUGAGAGAAUGAAUGAGUGAGUGAGAGAAUGAGGGAGUGAGGGAGUGAGGGAGUGAGAGAAUGAAUGAGUGAGUGAGUGAGUGAGGGAGUGAGAGAAUGAAUGAGUGAGUGAGGGAGUGAGGGAGUGAGAGAAUAAAUGAGUGAGUGAGAGUGAGGGAGUGAGAGAAUGAAUGAGGGAGUGAGAGAGUGAGGGAGUGAGAGAGUGAGGGAGUGAGAGAAUGAAUGAGUGAGUGAGUGAGAGAGUGAGAGUGAGUGAGUGAGGGAGUGAAGGAGUGAAUGAGUGAAUGAGUGAG